CGUUCGAUUAGCGGUAGCAUCCACUACAGUUUCAGACCGCAUCCCUCGUGAUCUUGCUACGGAAGGAGCCGGACAGCGAGGGCCCCCUGAAAUGCUGAGGGAUUCACGGCGAUGGACGGCACUAGUGGGGCCCUUCGCUUUCUGGCUCUGGUACGUUCUACGGCCGCCGCUCAUGUUGCCCUCGGGAUCGGUGGGCGCGGCAGACCGCUGCGCCAUCUGGGCGGGGCGCGCGGAUCACGCCCUGGGCCAGCUCGGCCCCGCGUACGUGGUUCCCGGGGAGCCGGCAGUCGCCCCGCUUGCCCGCGACGGGUCCGCUGGGCGGCGCCAUGCCUCGCCGCGGCUGCAGGCCGCCGAGGUGGUGCCCCCCCAGCAGGAGGCCCCCGCUGCGCUCGGCAGCGCCCCGGAGGAGCCAGGAGGCAGCCUGCCAGCCGUGGGGGAGGACGAACGCGGCCCGGACCAGGACGAGGACGUGCCGAACCUCCUCACGCUCGGGGUGCACCUGCAGGCGCUGCAGAAGGAGGACCCCGACAGCGUGUUCGUGGUGCGUGGGAUCCACGUGCUGGGCUUCGAGUCCCCGCAGAUGUUGAUGGCGCACUUCUCGACAUUCGGGGAGGUCGCGAACGUGCUGGUCUCGAAUUCCAAGGUGAAGCCGUACCGCAGGAGGUCGGCGAGGCAGUGGCGGAUCCGGCCGGGGGGCAUCGGCUUCGUCGUGAUGGCGGACGCCGCGAGCGUCGAGCGCGUCCUGCAGGCGGGCUCGCAGCAGAUCGUGGGUGGAAAGAGCGUCGUCCUGGAGCCCUUCAAGAUGAUCGCGGCCAAGUCGGGCUCUAUGUCGACUGUGGACGUGGCCCGCGACGGAGGAGCGCGAUCCGACAGCACAGGAGAAGAGCUGUGAAUGCAGCGGUGGCCCAUUGCUUCGGCGUCCGCUCCUGCUGUCG